AGAAAUAAUCUUCUUCCCUUUUUUUUAAUACUCGACGCGCACUACUUAUCAAAAUUCCUUUGAAAAUUCAUAAACCAGAGUCCCCGCCAUUGAUCCAUUAAUUAUCUGCCCCUUCAUUUUACGCGCCGGAAUAUUUCUUCCACCAUUCGCCCGUGCGUUACACUUCCCACACUAACGCACGCGUAAACUUUCCACAGCCCCUCUCCAUGCCGUCCUUACUCGUCAUAUAAUACGCUGCGGGCCACGAUCAUCGUUUCAGCCGUACACCUGAACCUCACGACGUCGUUAAGGCGGUGAAUUUUAGACACCGGCUGGUGUUUUUUCCUCUUUCUCAACAACGACGGAGCCAGAUCUGGCCGGAAAUUCGGUUUCUCCGACCUACAAACCCUAACUUCUUUUUUCUUCUUUGAUGUUCUGUUAUUGGAUCCUUUGUGAACCCAUGAAAUCGGUUUAUUUGAUUUAUAUGUAAAUUUUGUUUCGUUUAAUUUGUUGAACGGCGUCGGCGUCGGCGUUUAAUUUUCUGUAGAUUUGAGUUUCUUGCGGUGUUUUGUUUUGGUUUGUUUUGUUUCAUUAUUAUUAUUAUUUUUUGUUUGGGUGAAGAGAAACCCUAGGUACGGAUAAUUCGACUUUUUUAGGGUAGAAAGAGGGUUUUAGGGUUUUGGGUGUUCUGAUUAUUUGUAUGGCUUCAGCGCCUAUAGCUGGAGGAGAAGAUGAAGGUAGAAUUAAGCAGAGGUGUUCAGAGUAUAAGGUUUACAGAAGGAAAACGUUCAGAGGUGUGAAGAACCAGAAUACACCCAGUGUUACCCCCAGCAUCACUGUGUCUACUACCACCACCGACAAGGAUCCAAACAUCAGGAAUGAGAAUGCCACCAUCGCCAAAUUCAACAAUGUUAAAGAUUUCAAUAACAAUUCGGACCAGGCAGUGCCGCGUUCAUCAGAAGCGUCAGAAGAGGCAAAUCUAUAUCAGCAGCAGCCUUUACAGGACGCUGCUUCUGAAGAUGACGAUCUGACAAGGCUAGAUGGACAGGUAUCUGUUGGGCCAGCGGUGGAGGAGGCAAACCAGGACCUGCCUUCUGUUAAUGGUGGUGUCAUUAAGUCGGGUUUCGAUGAUCAUAAUCGGGUCGAUAGUGCAUCAAAGCCAAAGCAGGAAAUGCAAGAGCUUCGGCGGAAAUUCGAGAGUGAGCUUGAAGUUGUGAGAAAUUUGGUGAAGAGGAUUGAAGCCAUACAAGGGCAGUUAAAUAGCGGGCAUACCCAUUCUCACGUUUCAACAAUGGAAAUAUCUGAUAAUUGUCGUGGAGCGUAUCCUGUACAUUCAGAAGUCGGUUCUGUUGGUGUUCCUACAGAAAAUUCCAGGGCACUGCGUCAGUUAAGCUUAUCGGUUAUGGAGAACGGUAAAGGGGUCCAUGAUUUCAUGGAAAGGGAGAAGAGGACCCCAAAAGCGAACCAGUUCUAUAGAGAUUCUGAAUUCUUACUUGCAAAGGAUAGGAUUCCUCCAGCUGAAAGCAAUAAGAAAUCGAAAUUGAAUGGCAAAAAGCGUAGCAGGCAAAAAUUUAAUUACGGUUUUGGCAUGGGUACUAAGAUCUUCAAUGCUUGUGUUUCUCUACUUGAGAAACUGAUGAAGCACAAGCAUGGAUGGGUGUUUAAUACUCCGGUCGAUGUAGAGGGGCUUUGUUUGCACGAUUAUUUUAGCAUUAUCAGACACCCAAUGGACCUGGGUACUGUGAAAACGAGGCUAAACAAAAACUGGUACAAGUCUCCAAAAGAAUUUGCAGAGGACGUGAGACUUACCUUUCAGAAUGCUAUGACUUAUAACCCAAAAGGCCAAGAUGUUCACAUAAUGGCAGAACAGUUACUGAAAAUCUUUGAGGACAGGUGGGUUGUAAUAGAAUCAAAUUAUUAUCAGGAGAUGAGGCUAGGAAUGGAAUAUGGGGCUCCUCUUCCAUCUUCUAAUUCAGUUAGAGGUCAUCCCAGACCAGUUCCUCUUGACAUGAGAAAGAUUCUACGAAGGUCAGAUUCAUUGAUAAACCCAGCUGAUUCCAGGACACAACCGAUGAGUGUGACUCCAUCAGCACGGACACCUUCACUGAAGAAACCCAAGGCAAAAGAUGUCUUCAAAAGGGAUAUGACUUACAAUGAAAAGAAAAAACUCAGUACGAACCUUCAGAAUUUGCCCUCUGAGAAGCUAGAUGCCAUUCUACAGAUAAUCAAAAAGAGAAACUUUGAACUUCUUCAACAAGAUGAUGAAAUAGAAGUAGACAUAGAUAGUGUUGACACUGAGACUCUGUGGGAGCUUGAUAGACUUGUUAUGAAUUACAGGAAGAGUUUGAGCAAGAAUAAGAGGAAGGCUGAACUUGCCAUUUUGAAGGCUCGAGCAGAAGCUGAGCGUAAUGACCAAGCGAAUUUACUCAGAGAAACAAGAGCAGAUGAAAAUACUAUUUCCUCUUCAUCACCCACCCGAGGGGAUCAUUCAAGUAAGUCCAGCAGCUCAGGUAGCUCUAGCAGUGAUUCUGGAUCUUCUUCUAGUGAUUCUGAUAGCGACAGCUCUUCAGCAUCAGGAUCUGAUGCUUGAUCACCAAUGCAUUGAUUUUCUAUUCAGAUUUUACAGCGAUGAUAUCCAAAACAAGUUUGUAUCAUCAGGUUGAACAACGCUUGCUCAAGAUAUUUAUGGAUUCUGUGAUUGGUGUACAGUGAAAAUGUUCCGAAGCAUGGAGUAGUCGUUUUGAAUGGCAAACUAUUUCACGAAGGUGAUGGUGGUAGAUGUUGAGAGUUAAGUCUCUGUAAUUGUAAUAAUUUUUGUAAUAUAUGGAUAGAAUUUUGGUUAGAAACUAGAUGGAUGUAGUUUUGUCGUACAAAAUAUGCAUAUUGGUUUGGUUACUUCCAUUACUCAUGCAAUUUACAGCAUGCGACAUUCUACUUUUUUUUUUUUUUUCCCUUUUCUAGCAAUUCUGUAGUUUGCCUCAAGAGUCUUGAACCCUCAAUCUCUGUCAGUAUAUUUAUCUGUAGCUUUUUCUUCUCUUCUAAAAUUAAAGCCUUGCAGCAUAUGAUAAAUACAGAAAUUUGUUGAAAUUUCA